CUCCAGUACACCUGUAGUGUCACUUUCAGAUGCACGAGGGGAUUAAAACGAGGUUACAUCAGAUCUUUUAAAUAUGAAAGGAGCUAGUUGGCAUCACAGCGACGGUGCGACAUAGACGCGUGGUGUUCAGGACAAAAGAGGGUCUUGCUUGAAAUUACGAUGCACCUCACAGCGGUCAUCAUACUUGUGGUCGUGAUAGGAAUCUCAAAAGGUUGGGAUUGCAGAGCACGGUGCAACACAGAAAAUGGGUUCUGUGAGAAACCAGGGAAGUGCAGGUGCAAACCAGGUUGGCAAGGAGAGAACUGUGACCAGUGCGUGCCCUUCCCUGGAUGCCUGCACGGAAAAUGUGAGAGGGCAUGGCAGUGCGUCUGCGAGGAGGGCUGGGUGGGCAGCCUAUGUGACCAAGACACUCGUCUGUGCUCAUCCCGGCCUUGUGCUGGAAAUGCCACCUGCAUAGAGACAGGAGAAGGGGGAUACCUGUGCAUCUGUCCACAAGGCUACACAGGAGAGAGCUGCCAACUGAGGAGAGGACUCUGCCACACAAACAGCUCUCCUUGUCAGAAUGGAGGCACAUGUACAGAUGCUGAUGGCUCAGCAGGUUUCUCUUCCUGUUUAUGUCCCCAUGGAUUUUACGGAGACUCUUGUGAGAUCAGCAUUGACAGCUGCCAGCCUAACCCCUGCCUCAACGGUGGCAACUGUACAAACCAUGGCCUGGCCUUUACAUGUGUCUGUCCGCAUGGCUUUGCCGGCUUCACUUGUAAUGACACCAGCAGCCUCUUACCGUGUGCAGGGAAGCCCUGCACCAACAAGGGCACGUGUGUUGGUCAACCAGAUGGAACCUUCCGGUGUGUUUGCCAGAAAUGGUUUACAGGUCCCACAUGUUCUCUGCAGCACAGACCGAAGGCAAGGCCCAAACCGGUUAGCACCAGGCCUAUGGACCACAGAGUGUUUGCUAUGACUCCGCAGCACUACUCUCUUCCUGCUCACACCUUCCACAAGCUCCUCCGACCUCCAGAGAGAGACCUGCUCAAGAUCACGCUGAAGGAGACCGUGCACUCUCCCGGCCUCCUCGUCACCCAUGGUCAGCUCAUCUGCUUUGGGAUGUUGGCCCUGCUCACUUGCCUGGUUAUACUUGGAACUACAGGUAUUGUUUUUUUUGGCCGCUGUGAGACAUGGAUGGCUAAUGCCAAGUACAGCCAGCUUGUGCGACAGCAAAGGGAACACCUGCUCAGAGAAGCUGGAACUGCGAGCCAGGAGGAGCCAGAACACUCAGUAAAUAUCAUCCUGCCGGAGAAGAUUAGACUCACAAGCUUUGGGAGACACUACACCUCCAUAUGAUAAAUGGUCUCCCCCUCUGGACAUAGUGUAAUAUGUAUGUCUGCAAACAGGAUGGAGGGAUACUAUGACUGUUGUACAGUUGUGUUAAUAAAGUGUGACAUACUGGACGAGACUGGGGUGUAUUUGAAUGUAGUCUACUGGACCUACUGGACAACUAUAACACUGGAUUGUAAAUGGACUUUUGAUCAAACUGAGAAGCUGCCCAAAUGUAUGAAAUCAUAACAGAUGUUCCAAAAAAGCACCUUGAUGGCUUGUUGAAUGAUGUCAUUGUGUUGUAUUUCUUAAGGACAUUUUUGAAUUUACAAUCUCUUACUCUAUCUCCAACGUUGAUUUCUUUUAAACAGUAGUUUUGCUAACAUAAGAGGAGAUGCAAAGUUGAGUUACAUUGAAAAAAAUGCAGAGUAGGUGACUCUUCUUUCAGUAACUAAUUAUAAGAUAUGAUUAUAAUUCUCCUCUAUCCGUCUUUCCAAUCCAACUCGGUCAAAGCAGAGGGCUGUCUGACAUAAGUCUGGUUCUGUUCAAGGCGUCUUCCUGUUGAAAGGAAGGCACCUUGUGUGCCACUGUAGGUGGCACACAAGGUGCAAUGCUCAUGGUGGAUUAAGAUGAGAUAAGAUCCAGUCCUGUCAGUAAGAAGGGACUGGAUCUUAUCCUGUCUUAAUGUUGGGUCUUUGUUAAUAAUUUAACAUAGACUAUGGUCUAGACCUGAUAUGUUUGUAAAAGCGUCUUGAGUUAAUGUUUGUUGUGAUUUGGCGCUAUACAAAUGAAGAUUGAUUGAUAUAAUGUGUUUCAAACAAUUUAAUAAUUGAUCCUUGGUUCUUUGUAUUUUUUUAAUCGUAAUGAUAAAUUUAAUCUGAUCAGCUUACAGCCUGCCUUAUAUGCAGAUUUGAUGUUUUUCUGUCUUUUGUGGAUAAAGCUAUGCUGGAUUUAGGACCAAUGGUUUAAAAAGACAUGCUAUAAUGACUGAUGUAUUCAGGCUUUGAGAUAUUUCAACCUACGUUUUUCAUUACCAUUACAUUUUAAGACGUUAUUAAAUGAAUUAACAAAUAAAUGUUAGUUCCAACCCUAACAGUCUCCAUGCAACAUAUUGUGAUUUUGUAGUUUUGUAAUUGAUGCAAAAAUACUCAUUGUGAGUCUGUGUAGUUAAAAUGUACAUAUAGUUGUUUCCACAUCCUGUAUUUCCUUACAGCCAGACCUUCAAAUGCUGCAGGUCACAACUCUACAGGUUGUUCCUGUAUGGUGUACGGGUACGGUUUGUACCUGGAGGUGUUUUCAUUUCCCACUUAAUCUUCUCCUCCAGCUGAUGUAUUAGUAUCAAGUUGUCGGUGUUAAAGCUAUAUAAGUAGAUGUACUCUCUGUUUACAGGCUGUUUCCAAGUCCCUGAAGUAAUGCCACUUUCUAUUUCACUUUCUAUGUCUUUUUGUAUCAGUGCCAUAACUACAUUUAUACUUAUUAACAUAUAGAUAAGGUAAAAACUUAUUUGCAGUUUAUUUUAGAUUGUUCCAGCAUUUCAUCUUCUGUCAGUGUCUGGAUUACACAGGUCGGAGUUAGAUAAUCAAUACUGUGAAAACUGUUAGAUGUUAUUGGCUUGUCUCAUCAUCCAUGAGAUUACAGCCCACUCCUGAUUAAGGAGAAAGUGACUGGAUUCCUGAUAGAUGAAUCCAUGAACAAUGUAUUUACAGACAGCAAGAAAGACAUAUGCCUAUGUCAGUAAAGAUAUCAAGUUGAAUAUGUAUUGGGACAUUGGUCCCGUCGCCAUCAGCCUGUAUGGAGAGCCUUAAUUUGGUGGGUUUGUCAUAUUUCUGUCAGGGUGGUUAACUUGUGCUCACAGUUUCAGGUUUUGUUUUGCAGAAGUUACAUUUUAUAAGUCUACAUGUGGCAUUUCUACAGGAGGCAGUGACCGUGCAGCACUUAGUAUUUGUUCCAGUCUGAGACUAUUUAUUGUUGAACUUUAAUGUUUUGUUGUCUGUUCAUUCCUUUUAAUAAAGUCUUCAAAAUCCCCAA